AUGCCGCCAACACGUCCCGAAUUUGAGGCACCACCCGAUAUUCUUUACAAUGCUGAUGGGGCUCAGCGCUACACUCGUAGCGGCCGCGUACAAAUGGUUCAACGAGCCAUGACACGGCGGGCGCUGGAGCUCCUCGCACUUCCAAGUGGGUGUCCGGCGCUGCUCCUCGACGUUGGGUGCGGUAGUGGAUUAAGUGGUGAAGUUUUGCGAGAGUGUGGCCAUACAUGGAUUGGGAUUGAUAUUAGUACGGAUAUGCUCGGAAUGGCAAAGGCUUCAGAGGAAUUAAUGCGGGAAGAUGAUGAAAAGGAGGAUGAGGGACCAAUAGAAGGUGUGGACUUGCGAGAUGUGCGUUGGGGUCCAAUUCAUGAUGAAAAUGAGAAUGAGAAUGAGAAUGAUGACCAUGACAGCACUGACGGCGAUGGAAAUGAGGCUGAAGCUGUUCUUCCACCGGGACCAUCGAUAGUUGAGGUCAUGCGAGGAGAUAUGGGUGAGGGACUUCCCUUCCGCCCGGGUGCAUUUGAUGGUGCCGUCUCAAUUUCUGCCGUGCAGUGGCUUUGUCAAAGUGACCGCCGCGGCCAAGUUCCACAAAGACGGUUGCGUGCUCUUUUCCAAUGCCUCUACAAUGCCCUCCGCCGUGGGGCGAAGGCUGCAAUUCAGUUUUACCCUGCUAACGUUGAACAACUGCAUAUGAUCACGAGAGCCGCCAUGCUAUGUGGUUUCUCUGGUGGUGUCGUGGUAGACUUUCCUCAUAGCACAAAAGCGAAGAAACAUUACCUUGUCGUGCAAGCCGGCCAAGUAGCGGGUGGUUUUAUGCCUCCACGUCCACUCUCUGUCUGCAAUGAAGGAGGUGAAGAGGUGGAAGAGGAGGAGGAAUGUGAGGAAGAGGAUGGAGAAGAAGAAGGUGAGGAGGAAAAUGAUGAGGGACAACGAUUUGGGGCCCGCGUGGGGGGUCGAGUGGCACACAAGCGGUCGCGUAGUCAUGGAGGGCGGCAGGCGGGUGCACGUCGCCGAAAGGACAAUCGUCCCGUAACUGGAACGAAGGAGUGGGUUCUUCUUAAGAAGGCGGAGCGGCGCAAGUUUGGCCUUAAAACAUCAGAAGACACAAAAUACACCAUGCGAAGGCGGCGACCCCGUUUUUAG